AUGUCCACCCCACCUCACGAUGAGGCCUACGGCGACCCCUUCGCAGAUCGCCCUCGCCAACUCAAUUUCCAAGAGCCCACGCGUCCUUAUGAGAGUACAGCUUCCUUGAACCAACCGUUUGAGAGUACUACCACUCUUCCUCGCGAGUUUGGCGGCAAUAACUAUCCAGAUGAAGAUCUCGCUGAAAAAAUUCCCUUGACUGGUGGAGAUAGCUAUGCCAGAGGCGGUUACUACCCGCCAGGACCCGUCGAUCCCAACGCCUAUGGUGAUCCCUACUCUCGCCCGUUGUCGUCGAUGUCCACAUCGACCAACGGUGUGGACACCGCUUGGAGGCGCCGCCAGACCAUCAAGCGUGGUGUGACCAAGAAGGUCAAGCUUACCAAGGGUAAUUUCAUCACCGAAUACCCUGUUCCUACCCCGGUCUAUACCGCCAUCGAGGCCAAGUACCGUAACACCAACACCACCGAGUUUUCGCAUAUGCGUUAUAGCGCAGCUACAGUCGACCCUGACGAUUUCUCUGAGGCCGAUGGCUGGUCGCUCCGGACCAAGAUGUACAACCGCCAAACUGACAUGCUGAUUGCUGUCACCUCCUACAAUGAAGACAAAACUCUGUAUGCCCGUACCCUGCACGGUGUUAUGUUGAACAUUCGCGACAUCUGCAAGACUAAGCAGUCAAAAUACUGGCGUCGCGCUGCCGAGGAGGGCAUGCCUGGCUGGCAGCGCAUCACCGUUGCUCUCAUCGUUGAUGGUCUUGAGGCUAUGGACAAGAGUGUCUUGGAUAUCUUGGCUACUGUGGGUGUGUAUCAAGAUGGUGUCAUGAAGAAGCAAGUCGACGGGAAGGACACAGUGGCGCAUAUUUUUGAGUACACGACUCAGCUGUCCGUGGACUCAACCCCGCAGCUGGUCCUCCCUCAUGAGAACGAUCCCAACAACCUUGUCCCAGUGCAGAUCAUCUUUGUGCUCAAGGCAAAGAACCAGAAGAAGAUCAACUCUCACAGAUGGCUGUUCAAUGCCAUCGGUAAAAUUCUUCAGCCUGAAACUUGUGUCCUGAUUGAUGCUGGAACUAAACCCGGCCACAAGUCCAUCUACUACCUUUGGGAAGCAUUUUACAACGAUCCUCACCUUGGCGGAUGCUGUGGUGAAAUUCAUGCCAUGAUUGAGGGUGGUAGGAAGCUGCUUAACCCUCUGGUUGCUGCCCAAAACUUUGAAUAUAAAAUGUCCAACAUUCUCGACAAACCCUUGGAGAGUUCUUUCGGCUACGUCUCUGUGCUUCCUGGUGCCUUCUCUGCAUACCGCUACCGGGCUAUUCUCGGCCGGCCGCUCGAGCAGUACUUCCACGGUGACCAUUCCCUCGCAGACAGACUGGGCCCGAAGGGUAUCUAUGGAAUGAACAUCUUCACCAAGAACAUGUUCUUGGCUGAGGAUCGUAUCCUCUGCUUCGAGUUGGUUGCCAAGGCGGGAGACAGGUGGACGCUAACGUACGUCAAGCCUUCUAAGGCUGAGACAGACGUACCGGAGUCCGCCGUUGAGCUCAUCGGUCAGCGGCGUCGUUGGUUAAAUGGGUCUUUUGCUGCAACGGUUUAUGGUCUUGUCAACUUCUUCAAGCUCUAUCGCUCAGGUCACGGUAUCAUUCGGAUGUUCUUCUUCCAUAUCCAAUUUGCCUACAACAUAUUUUCUCUCAUCUUCUCCUGGUUCUCGCUUGCGAACAUCUGGUUGACGUUCAGCAUCAUUAUUGAUCUUUGCCCGUCUGUUAACAUCAUCAUUUUCGGCACCGCCGAUAUCACACAUUGGGUCAACUUAGCAUUCAAAUGGAUUUAUCUUGCUUUCCUCGCACUACAGUUCGUUCUAGCUCUGGGUAAUCGGCCAAAGGGUGAACGGGCGGCAUACACCAUCACUCUAUGGCAUCUCAGGGUAUACGCCUUCUUUGCUGUGUAUUUGCUCGUGUGUUCGUUCUGGUUGACCGGCAAAGCCUUCGCCAAUAUCCCGAAAGAACUGGAGAACAAGACCAGCACGCAAAUUAUCGUCACCUUCUUCACUCCACCAGUAGGUGCUCUGAUUGCCGCCAUGGUAUCGACAUUUGGCAUCUACUUCUUCGCUUCGUUCCUUUACCGUGACCCGUGGCACAUGUUCUCAAGUUUCUUCCAAUACCUUUGCUUGGCUCCCAGCUUCACGAAUGUGUUGAACGUCUACGCAUUCUGUAACUUGCACGAUGUGUCUUGGGGUACGAAAGGUAGUGACAAAGCCGAGGCCUUGCCUUCCGUCAAGUCUUCGAAAGGCAAGGAUGCCGAUGCGGGCGUCGUCGAGGACACACACCGUAUCCAAGAAGACGUAGACGCAGCGUUCAAGGAGACCGUCACCCGUGCUGUCACCAAGGUGGAGGUCAAGGAAGUACCUGAGAAGCCCACCAUGGAUGACGAGAACAAGACCUUCCGAACUCGUCUUGUCGCCAUGUGGAUGAUUACAAAUGCUGGCCUCGCUGUUGCCAUUGAGAACAUCAAUGGUCUCUCUACGCCCCAGACUGCUGUCGAGGAUCAGACUGAACUCCGGACGAAGCAAAACUUCUACUUUGCUGUCAUCUUAUACUCGACAUUCGGUAUUUCUGUUGUGCGGUUCGCCGGCUGUCUCUUCUACUUCUUCAAGCGCAACCUUUUCAGGUGCUGCCGCAGGAAUUAA